UGCCGCAUCACUAUGCCCAUGUACUCAUUUAUAAUUGGCUAAGAGCUGGCUAGGGGGCGUGGUACCAUCUGUUGCUGGCCGAGAAACAGGAAGACUAGGGAAGAUGGCGGCUGUGGAGCCGGUGGUUCGGCCCUGGGAGAGGAGCGGCUCAAGGACGUGGUGAGAGGAUGGACAACAGCGGGGGAUUAUGGGAAAGGAAGGAGGACUCGGGGCGCCUGGCUCGGGAGCAGUGUCCUGGGGUGAACAGCCGACCCUAUGUGUGUGAGAUGGGUCACUGCUGCGGGGAGACCGGCUGCUGCACCUACUACUAUGAGCUGUGGUGGUUCUGGCUUCUAUGGAGCGUCCUGAUCCUUCUGAGCUGCUGUUGUGCCUACCGACACCGCCGUGCAAAACUGCACCUGCAGCACCAGCAGAGACAGAGGGAGAUCAACCUGAUCACUUACCAACGUGCCUCUCACUACUCACCCUCUACACUGGAUCUCAGGGUGUUGGCAUCUUUUAAACUCCCGGCUUAUGAGGAUGUUGCUUACCAUCCCACAACCCCUCCACCUCCAUACAGCUCCAUCCUCAACCCAUUUGGACCGCCUUCUUCCCCACCCCCAUCACUAGAGGACACAGCCUCCCCUAGUACGGAGCCCUCCAGCUGUUGCUCUUGUAACUCAGACUGUGAGACUUCAGGCAGCAGCUGGUCCUUCUCUCUGCAGGUCACAGAUGAGACGGGGGCGAGCCAAGGAAGCACUGCCAGUUGGGAGGAGAGUCCGGAGGAGGAGCAGGGGGCCAGUGGCAGGGGGGCUGCUUUCUCUUCCUAUGUGGACUUGUUUGAGGGAGGCAGCCAUAUCUGCUGGGCCAUUGAGGAGGAGGAGGAGGAAGACGACGAGGAGGAAGAAGAGCAUUACAGAUGGCGGAGGCUGACGGGGGACUCUGGGAUAGAGGUGUGCCGCUGUCAGAUAGUGGGAGAGGAAGAGGAGGAAAGGAGGGACCCACAUGAUAGUUCAGGGUGCAGAGAGAGAAGUAAAACAGAGGCUGCGGAGUCUCUAUUAGAGAAGGGUGAGGCAGAGCCAGACUCACCCGUGCAGCCCGUAUGAACAGAGCAGGAGAACUGCAGGAAAAUGAUCUGAUGCAGGAGGGGACCAACCAGCAGCCAUGUCUCUCACCCUGUCACUGAAUGUCUCUCCCACGUGCCCCUCAGCCAUGUGACAGCGAAGAGAUGGGGGAGUUGUACCCCCUAGGGGAAUGGAAGGCUGGGGGGUGCAUUUUACUACAUGGAGCUACGGUCCCGUGCAGUCUGUCUCUCAUGCCAGAGAUGAUAGAGACUUGGGUCCAUGGAGUCCUCAACCACAAAUGUGUCUAUAAACUGGCACAAGCCAUCAAUCCCCUGUCUCAUUCCUUCUUGGGGGACAUUUAGAACUAGGGGUGUCUCACUGCCACUGUGGGCUGAUCUGGAUGUGACUGUGUUAACACCAAAUAAAUUCAAGGUAUCAAACACCA